AGGCUCCGAGGUGACCACCUGAUAUGAUUUCAUGCACUCAUCGGUCGUCAUAGGUUCCAGCGGAACAUUUUUUUUUUUUUUUUUUUUUUUUGCGACACUUGGACCGCUUUUCAAUGUCCCCGAGCCGGUUAGCUCAUCGCGCCGUCAUCUACUUCAAAUCGAAUUUAUGUCGCUGACCAAGCCGGCCAUGAGGGGUCUGUUGGGGAAGCGUCUGCGCUUCCACCUGCCCAUCGCUUUCGGGCUGUCCAUCCUGGUGGCCGUCGCCUUCAAGUACACGGUGACGGAGCCCCGCAAGCGAGCGUACGCCGAAUUCUACAAGCAAUACGACGCCGUCAAGGAGUUCAAGGCCAUGCGGGAAGCCGGAGUCUUCGAGAGCGUGCGGCCCUCCGGAGAGUGAAACGCCCGUUGGGUUUCCUGCUUCUCAUUCCCACCUCGAAGAUGUCGUCGUGCUGCUCACCGGCUUUCGUUUACCUCAAAUAAAUAAAUGUCCAUUUCUUCACCAAA